GUAAAGCCUUCCCGAACGGUAUUAAAACCUUCGACGACCCGCCAUCUUCAACUGGAUUCUAGACCUCGACUAGACCUACUAUCAACUUUAAAUUUCUCUUUCUUGAUUGGCGUGCUGCGGGUCAAUUCGAUGUGGAGCAUCCACGAUGCUUUAGACUGGACCUCUCGACAUCGGGAAAAGACGGCCGUCUCGAUUGUGUUGGAUAUUUAACAUUAUCCACUAUCACAAGCUUGAAGGCAUGGCGUUCCAUCCUCAGGGAGGUGGUGGACCUCCUGGCUUCCCGAUGCCGUUCCAGCCAACCCAGUCGAGGUCGCCUCCGCAUCCUUCCUCAUCCGCUGGCGCGCGAGGUAUGGCACCAGACAUAAACCCUUCGGGACCUUUUCUUCCAUUUCAGGAAUCCCAAUUCGACAUUCUCGAGUGGUACCCGCAAUUUCAGUCCUGUGUUCGGUAUUUUCUCGAUCACGCGCAACAUAGCGGGCCGGUGCAGGCCGUUGCCGCGUUCGUGAACAUUCAAUUGCCAUUCCAGAGGCCACAACAUCCCGUCAUCUCGUCGAAACCUCCUGGGUCACCUCAGGGGGUGCCAUCCCCAUCGUCGAUUGCGAUAGGGAAGCUCCCAAUGCCGGGCCACUCACCUAUGGCGGUCUCUUUGACACCGUACGUCCGGCGACUGGUAGCCACCGGCCUAGACCUUCCUGGGGUACUGCACGGGUUCUUUGGAGAUGACUGGCCUGUGGGGAUAGGACACCUCCACGAAGUCGAGCGAAGGAAUUUCCUGUUUGCCGCCAAGAGCGCUGGGUGGCUGAAAGUCAAGUCCCAGUAUGACAUGCCGGAUGAGCAGAGCAUUCCCUUUCUGCGGCCACUGCAAAAUGUGACAGAGAAAGAGAUUGUCAGCGCAGAGGCAAACUGGAGUGAGUGGCUGGCAAUGCAGGAUUGGAUGGUCGGUCCACGCUCACCUGAUGUCGACAGAGAAAUGGCAGUCCUUGUGAAGAGCGAAGAUGUCUGAUCUGUGGCAGUGACAUCGUAACCUACAUAUCCGUUACAAACCUCUAACCUCAUCGAGAACGGCGAUUUACUGAGGUAUCUACAUACCUCGGGUACGAGAUUGGAUUUUAGAAGCCGGCCAGAUGCGGUGUUUUUCGGGGUGAUUAGGCG